CAUGCCGCAGAGCAACCAGCACUGACAUGAUGCCUCUUUGCACUGAGACUCACAUUGCUGUAAGCAGCUCUCACAGCGUGUAAGGGUUGAUCAGCCGUAUCAGGUAUUAGAAAAGCCACUCUUUGUUUACAUGUAUGUAAAUUAACUUUUUAUUAAAUUCAUUUUAAAUGUCUGUCUUAGUUUUAAUGUAACCUGAAUUCAGUUUCAGGUCUUCAUGGAAAACAGGACGGGUGUGACUGUCUUACUGCAUCCCUGCUAUGAGAUAAAUCAGUUUAGUUACAAACUAACCACCACUCCUUCUGUUGCAUGUAUAAUGGUGUAUGCGUUUCUGACACUUUUGUCUCUUGUGACUGUAUGUGGAAACCUCCUUGUGGUAAUAUCAAUAGUUUAUUUCAAACAGCUUCACACACCCACCAACACUCUCAUUCUGUCUCUGGCUGUGGCCGACCUGCUGGUUGGGAUUUUAGUGUUUCCUCUCAGCAUGGCCUUCUCUCUCAGUUCAUGUACCUAUAAUGAGAGUUUAUUUUGUAAGGUCCGUGACAGCUUUGAUAUAUUGUUUAGUACAUGCUCUAUUAUGCACCUGUGCUGUAUUUCAGUUGACAGGUACUAUGCUGUGUGUCAGCCUCUCACAUAUAGAUCUAAAAUCAGCCGUCAUGUUGCUGCCAUCAUGAUCGCAGUGAGCUGGGGUGUUUCUGCUCUCGUUAGCAUCGGAGUGACAAUUCCCAGAAUGUCCCAUGAUGGAUGUGUUGACUUGUGUUUUCUUGAUGUAAUCACAGCAAACAUUAUUGGAUCUAUCAUGUCAUUUUACUUCCCAGUGGUCAUAAUGCUUUGCAUCUACCUGAAGAUCUUCCUUGUCGCACAGAGACAGGCACGAAGCAUCCAAAGCAUAAAGUCUGGAGCAACUGCCAGUAAGAUGGAGAGAAAAGCCACCAAAACUCUGGUUAUUGUUCUGGGAGUUUUUCUGUUUUGUUGGUCUCCUUUUUUCCUUUGCAUUUUCUUUUCUAUCCCAGUUUCUGUGAUUGAAACUGUUAACUGGCUUGCACUGUCAAACUCUACACUAAACCCGUUUAUCUAUGCUUUCUUUUAUACCUGGUUCAGGUCAGCUUUUAAAAUGAUUGCUUCUGGGAAAAUAUUCUUUGGUGACUAUUGUAACUUCAAAUUACACUGA